AAAAAAUGUCAGACUCCCAUGCACCGGAUUUAAUUCAAUGCAAAUGUGGAGCAUUGGCUCAACUUCGUGUAACUAAAAAGGGUGAUAAUAUGGGAAGAGAAUAUUGGGCAUGUGCAAGAAAUUUUGGUGAUCGAGAAAGAUGUAAUUUUUUCAAGUGGAGUGAUAAUGGUGUCAAACCAAAGCCUUCGAAUAAUAAUUUUAAUAAUAAUAAUAAUAAUACUCCGAAUAGAUUUAUACCACCACCUUCAUCAUUUGUAAAUAAUAGUGCAUCAUCAUCAUCGUCUUCCACUUUUGUACAGGCUUCAUCAUCAACUAUCGGAUCCAAUAAUACUAACAAUAAUAAUAAUACUAACAAUGAUGAUGAUAUUGGAGCACCAUUGUGUCCCAAACAUCAAAUUACGUGUGUACAGAAAAGAGUUGUUAAAGAAGGUAAUAACAAGGGUAAAUUAUUUUGGUGUUGUAAUAUAGAACAUGGUUGUUAUUUUGAAUGGUGUAAAGAAGGAACCAAAGUAGCAGAUUAUUUAUUAAAUCCAGAGAUUCAAAAUAGACCACUCUAUAGUUCAACCUAUUCAUCUAAGAAUACACUUGGAGUUCAUUAUCCAAUUAGUUUACAAUUAGUAGGAAGUAAUAUUCUUCAACAAGCAAUGAAACAACAAAAAGAUAGACAUGAAACUUUAGUAUUUAAUAAUGCAAAUUAUGAUUGUGUUUUAGUAACAUUUCCAAAAUUAGGAUUUAUUAUGGAUAAAUUAUUAAGAUCACUUAAAGAAUUAUUUGAUAACAAGAUUACAAAAUUAAAUGAUUUGGAAUAUUUAUUUCCAUUAGAUCAACAUGAAACUUUAAGAACAUUUUUACUUGAUGUUAAAAUUGAUGGUGCUUCUAUUCAAGUUCAAGAUUUUCCAGAAAUUGUUAAAUUAAUAAUUAAUAAUUAUCCACAAAUUGAUAUUUCUAAAACUGAUCAAUUAUGUAAUGAAUUGGAUUUGGCACAUAAAUUUCCAAAACAAGUUUGGACUAAAUUAAGACCAUUUCAAAAACAAGGUAUUUCAUUUGCUGUUAAAAGAGAAGGAAGAGUUCUUUUAGGUGAUGAAAUGGGAGUUGGUAAAACACUUCAAGGAUUAUCAACCAUGUAUUAUUUUAAACAAGAUUGGCCAUUAUUAAUAAUAUGUCCAAGUUCACUUAAACAUAAUUGGGGAAAGGAAAUUGAAGAAUGGUUUAUAACAAGUGAAAGAGGACAUACAGAUAUUACAAUGGAAAAGAUUAAAAUAAUUUCACAUGGUAAACAAAUACCUGAUAAUUAUAUUAAUAUAGUUUCAUAUACAAUGGCAGCUAAUAUGUUAGAAAGUCAACCAUGUAAUAAUGAUGGUGGUGGUGGUGGUGCAAUUUUAAAUGGUAUUAAAUUUAAUUGUAUCAUUUGUGAUGAGUCGCAUUAUCUUAAAAAUUCAUCAACAAAGAGAAGUUCACACAUUGUACCAUUUCUAAAACAAGCUAAAAGAUUAGUAAUGAUAACAGGUACACCUGCUCUAUCACGUCCAGUUGAAGUUUAUCCACAAUUAAAUUUAUUAUUGGAUGAUAAAUUUACAUUUACAAGAAGUGCAUUCACCUAUAGAUAUUGUGAUGCUAAAGAAACACAAUUUGGUCUUGAUGAUAAAGGUAGUUCAAAUGUAUUAGAAUUAAAUUAUCUACUCUCAAGAACUGUAAUGAUUAGAAGAAGGAAGGAAACAGUUUUAUCAGAAUUACCUGAAAAACAAAGACAACGUGUUUUAUUAAGUGUAAAACCAAGUGAUUUAAAACAAUUAGAAUUUUCAGCUGAGAGAAUGAAAAGAGCAAUUGAAAAGAUGAAAACAGCCAUCACAUCAGAAGAACAUAAUCAAUCUAAUUUUGAUAAGAAUAGUGAAAUAUUUAGAAUGUAUACAAUGACAGGUAAAGCUAAAUUACCUGCUGUUAAAGAAUAUAUUCAAGAUAUGAUUGAAAAUACAGGUGAUUUAAAAUUUUUAGUAUUUGCCUAUCAUAAAGAAGUAAUGGAUGGAAUUGAAGAAUGUGUUGCAUUGGAAUUGGCUAAAUUUUAUAAUUUAAAAGGUCAGAAAAAGAAAUCUAAAGAUUUACAAAAAAAAAUGAGAGGUGAUUAUUAUAUUAGAAUUGAUGGAUCAACUGAUUCAAAUAGAAGACAAAAUUUAGUUAAUACAUUUAGAACUAAUGGUCAUUGUAGAGUUGCCAUUCUAUCAAUUAAAGCUGCAGGUGUUGGAUAUACAAUGACACCAUGUAGUACUGUUUUAUUUGCUGAAUUAUAUUGGACUCCAAGUGAUUUAAGACAAGCUGAAGAUAGAGUACAUCGUAUGGGUCAAACUAAUGCUGUCUCUAUUAAAUAUUUAUUAGGAAAGGAUACUUUUGAUGAAUAUUUAUGGCCUCUCUUACAAAAAAAAUUAGAAGUUGUUGGUAAAUCUGUAGAUGGUGAAUCACAUGUUGAUAGAAAUGUUGAUCAAGUUAUAUUUGAUAGAACUAAUACCUAUGAUGAUAAUGAUAAUGAUGAGGAUGAAUAUAAUGAGGAGGAUGGAAGUUAUGCUGGUGGAGCAUCAUCAGCAUAUUAUCAAGAUAUGAAAGAAAGAGACUAUCUUGAUGAAGAUGAAGAAGAGGAAUAUUAUGAAGAAUUGGAAAAGAAGAAACAAAAACUCAAAUCAUCACCAUCAGUUAAGGAAAGAGAAUCACCCAAGCUAUCUCAAUCUAAUCGAAGUAAUAGUAAUACUACUAAUCGUGGUAGUAAUAGUCGUAGUGUUGGAAGUAGUAGUAGUACUCAAAGUCAUCAUGCCAAUGAAGAAGAUAUUAGAAAAGUAGUUCCUCCACCAAAUAGUACUGCAACAGACUUUUUAAAAGGAUUUUUAUGUACAAAGAAUGGUAAAUUACCACCAAAUAUAAUAUUAAUGAGAGAUGAUAAUAAUAAUAGUAAUACUAAAAUAUUUAAUACUAGUAGUAGCACUCAAAAGAAGGAAUAUACUUAUAACAAAUCAUUUAGAGAUACUAAUAAUAAUACUAAAAAUAAUAAUACUAAAAAAAGACAUUUAGAUGAUGAAGAGGAAGAGGAUGAUAUGAAAGUUAAUUCAGAUGAUGAUGAUGAUGAUAUUACUUUUGGAACUCCAAAGAAGAAUAAUUCUUCAAUUACUCAAAAGACAAGUCCUUUCUUUUCAAAGUUAAAAUCAUCUUCACUACUACCAAAUACUAGUAAUCUCAAACAAAAACUUCCAAAUAAUAAUAGCAGUAGUAGUAGUAGUAGUAGCAACAAUAUCACUACCAUUAGUAAUGAAAGUAAUAGUGGAUUAAAUGAUGAUUUUAUGCAAGAUGAACAAGAAGAGAAAGUUAAUUCAUCAUCAUUUCUCAAUCUAUCUAAUGCAUUUAAAAGAACUCAAUCAGAUUCAAUUCAAUCAACUAAAUUUGUUACACCAUCUAAAUUUAUAUUACCCAACAAUAAGACAUUACCACCUAAAUUAUUAUCAACUUCAUCUCAAAUUCCAUCAAUACCAAGUCCAGUAGGAAAUACUAAUACUAAUAAUACUACUACUAAUAUUACUAAUAAUACUUCACCACCACCAAACUUUAAUUUAUCAAAAACAUCACCACCACCAUCAACACCACCCAAUCAUAAUAAUAAUAAUAAUAGAUUAACUAAUAUUACACCAGAAAACAAACCUUCAGAACUUGAACAAUUAUUAGCUAAAUUUUCAUUUCAAGGAAGUGCUUCUAUUUCUCCAUUUGCUAAGAGAACUCCUCCAACCAAAUCAAAGACUACUACUACUACAACAAUUAACAAUACCAUCAACAAUACACCUCUUUCCAUUUCUAAUAAUAAUAAUAUUAAUAAUAUUGGUAGUAGUUCUUCAAAUGUUAAUAGUACUACUUCUUUAUCAACACCCAAAUUUAUUCCACCAACUUUCAAAUCACCAAUAACUACAAUUAAUAGACCAUCAUCUUCAAAUAGUUCUCAUAGCUCAGCAGCAGUAUCAUCAUUUACUCAACAUAAAUCACCUCCAACAUUUCUACCUCCAAAGAAACCUUCAAUUGAACCUGAACCUAAAAAGUUAAAGCUUGAUUCUAUUACACCAAAAACAGAAAACAACUCUUUAGAUAUUGAUGACUCUGACUUUAUACUUGAUGAUAUUCUUCCUGAUAUUCUAUAAAUGUAAAUAAAAUA